UGAAGGGAGUUAAUUAACAGUUUGGGGAGAUGUGCACAGUGGACAAUGAAAGUUUCCUCACCCCCCACUGUGUGAUGAGACAGUUGAUUGACAGCCUAUGGUUUUGAUGUUUGGAUUUUUACGCAGUGGUUUCUAUAUCUUCAUGGCCUCAGAGAUGGGUAUCCGGCUUAUUGAUAGUGGAGAAUGCCAGCGGGCAUUAGAACAGCAAGCGGCCAUCUGCCAGCCUAGCGAACUAGCAACCCCACCAGCUGCAGUCGCAAAACGCCCUACAAAGCAGGACAUGCAUGCAGCUUCUGACGUCUGCGGCCACACUGCGCUACAAAGCCCAGAAAACCCAGGAGCGGAAACAAUGAGAAUCAGGCUUAUAGACGCCGCAUAGGUCCGCGACCAGCAAGUUUUUGGAGAGGAGGCUGCCUUUAAGUGCACAUCAGUUCAUUUCGGAUGACCGGUUUGUGCGAUUACUCCCUCACGUUGGAGAAAUAUACAUAAAAAGACUCAUGCAGGGGCACUUUAAUACCCCGACAUGGCGACGGCAAGAAAAGGGAGAGAGCUUUUUACUAUUUUGGAAACUAGCGCGGACACAGAAAGUACCACGGUGUGCGACAGUCAAGACACUCCGCUUAAUCUUUCGGCCGAUGUGAAGUGGUUUGAAAUUCCGUACAGAAAGCCAGACUCGGACGAGGAAGACGGAGUGCGGGAAGAGGAGGAGGAGGAGGAGAACGGCGAGGGGGAGAAUGGAUUCACGAGCACAGCAGCAGCCGCGGCGGCGGCGGAGGAGGCUGCAGACGCGGCCAGCUUCAUCGCAGGAGGAGGCUGCAACAUAAUUCUGGUGACUGGGAGUAAUGGGCUCAAGCACGACGAGGAGGAGUACGCAGAGGACUGUUAUUAUUCUACCUCCACGAACUGCUCCGAUAGCAACUCGAACGACUCGGAUAUUGAUUUCUCCGAUUUGGAGGAGGAGGAGCGCAGGAGUUUUUUCAGCUUUGAAGAAGACUUGGACGAGGACUGCACUUCUCCGGACUUCUGGGGCGAACCUGACCAGGUAAUCUCGAUCGAGCCUUUCUCUGCUGUCAGUGGCCCUCAGCACACGCUGGGGGACGAUGCUGACACCCGUGACUAUUUCCGGAUACUCUUCCCAGAUUCUCUUUUUGAACACAUGGUGGAACAAACAAACAAAUACGCCCUCUAUCGGCAGAGGAGGAGUGGGAAAUCAGACCCCCACUGGCACCCCACUGAUGUGAGGGAGAUGAGAGCUUAUGUAGGUCUGAAUGUUCUUAUGGGCAUCAAUCAGCUUCCAGACGCUGGCAUGUACUGGGCCAGUGACAUUUUCAUAGGGAAUGCAGGCUUUAAAAAAACUAUGACAGCCAGGCGGUUUGAGAAACUCACUCAGUACCUGCAGCUGUGUGACCGUGAGUCUGAGCCUGUGCGGGGAGAGCGAGGGUAUGACGCCCUCUUCAAAGUCAGACCUCUCCUGGACGUGGUGGAGAACACUAUGUGGGAUGCAUACUCGCCCAAUCGCUGUUUGACCAUAGACAAAUGUGCCAUAGUGAUGAAGGGGCGCUUUUCCCCUACCCAGUAUAUGCCCUCCAAGCCCCUCAGGAAGGGGCUGACGGUGUGGAUGCUGUGUGACUCCCGCUCCGGUUACUGCCACAGAACCAAGAUCUAUGUAGGCAAGCCAGGCGAGGAUGAGGCAGCAGCCACCCUGGGCUACAGGGUGGUGGCCUCCCUGGUGCGUGGCCUGGAAGGUCAGUACCAUCACCUCUUCAUGGACAGCUUCUUCACUUCAGUGCCCCUCCUGCAGCGGCUGCUAAGGGAUGGGCUUUACGCCUGUGGGCCCACCCAACCAGCACGGAAAGGUUACCCAGAGGUCCUACGCCCUUGUAAUGUUGGAAAGCUGUCCCAAGGUGAGUUUUACCAGUGCCAGCGUGGAAACUUGGUUGCUACAGUGACAAGGGAUGCCAAAGUGGUUAGCUGCCUCUCCACCAACUCUGCUCCAGGGAUUGUGGGUAUCAGUCCAGGCCACCAGCAGCAUGAGACAGACGGGGAAGGUGAGAGCGACAGCAUGGAGGCCUCAGGUUUGUCUUUCGGUGUUCCUCGACCUUUGCCCUUGCUGCUGUACCAGGAGAACAUGAGGGGCGUCGACCUGUGCGACCAGCUGAGGGAGUGCUACCAGGUCGGCAGGCCCUGUAAGAAGUGGUGGCGCUACUUUCUGUGGUUUUACGUCAACCUGUGCAUCGUCAACGCCUACAUCAUCCAGAGGGAGAGCAGAGGGGGGACACCACCAGCAGGCUUCAACGGCAAGCAGUUCACCCAGCGCCACUUCCGCGUACGCCUGGCACAGCAAUUGAUAGGAGACUACCAAGGGGCGAGAGGCAUGGAGCGGGCGGCACGCAAAAGACAUGCAGAUUCACCCAUAGAGUACGGACACCGUCUGGAGCGCAUGUCCGAGCGCUCCCGUCGCUGCAGAAACUGCACCAACAAAGGACUGAGGCAUGAGAGUGUCUUUGGCUGCAAGAUAUGCAACGUCCACCUAUGCAGGGGAGGAUGCUUCUCUGAGUUUCAUAAAUGAAGAUGAACAUUUUUUUUAAAAGAUACCCUUUGUGUAAUCAAACAACUUGUGUCAAGGGAUUUUUUAACAGUAAAACUAUUUGUAAUUCCAAAGGCUACCACUACAAGUGCACAAUAUAGUCACUCACUUUAUGUAGAGAUAGUUUUAGGAUAGAAGUAUUAUUGCACGUAUACUAGAGAAAAUAAACAAGAGACUGUAGAUCAUUUGAAUUAGUGUAGAAUGUUUUCGGCAUCUUGCCUACUGUAACACUGACAGAAUUGCCUUGUGUCACUUUUUAUACAUUUAAAAUAAUGAGAAGGCUUUUAUAUGAAAGAGAAGAAAUCAAAAAUUUUUCUGCACUUAAAGUAGAUCUGAAAAUGUUUACUAUGGGAAGUUUAUCUCUCUCCUUUUUCCAAAAUAAAAUCUUCAAUAUGAUGUACAUGUACUUUACAAAAUCUCCUGUAUCUUUAUGUAGUAUGAAAGCAUAUACGGCCGUUAGUUCUAAUUAAAUGAAAAGGAAAAAAAAAACAAUGAGAAUGGAUUCUGAACAUUGAGUGAACAUGGUUUAAAAACAGGCUCAGCUUUGGAUGCCCCUGUUGCCUCACAUCCAUGAAAAUCUGUGCUGCUCUGGGCCUUGAAGGGGACACAGCUUGGAGUAAUUAGAGAGCAGAAAAAGCCCCUCAGUACUCUGCAGCCAGCGGACCUAGUGAUGCCAUCUCUUUCUCCAACCGCACCACAGACCCACAGCCAUCUGUGGCUCUAUUACACUCAGUCCAAACCCCAAAAAGUGGUACUUGUUACUGACAUGAUUGGAAAACAGAAGAAAGAUGGCACAAACACACUUUGAGUGGAAUCUCAGAGUCUUAUUUGUAC